AGCAAGCAGCGCAUGAAGCAGUAACAUUUCCAAUCACCGCGUUGGCAUGGCAAUGUUAAAGCUAUUCUUCCUUUUCAUGCACGUUGUUUCUCUGUUGUGCUUGCAAUCUGGCUCUGCUUUUGUAGCUGGCUUAAUGCAAGGCGGGAACGAGACUGACCGUCUAGCCUUGCUUGCAUUCAAAGCAGCCAUAACCAGUGAUCCCUUAGGAGCUCUGAACUCGUGGAAUGAAUCCAUCCACUUUUGUCAAUGGGUUGGUGUAAAAUGUGGCCGCCGACACCAUAGGGUCACCGGGUUGAAGAUUGAUCAUAAGAAACUAUCGGGGUCUGUUUCGCCCCACAUCGGAAAUCUGAGCUUUCUCAGGAAUCUACUCCUUCGCAACAACAGCUUGAGUGGUGAAAUCCCCCCAGAACUCAGCCACCUGCGAAGACUACGAGGAAUAUCAUUGAUGAACAAUACCGUUACUGGUGAAAUUCCAACAAAUCUAUCUAGUUGCUCUAACCUCCUUGUCCUUGAAUUUUCUGGUAAUAGGCUGACAGGGAAUAUUCCUUCGGAGCUCGGUUCUUUGAGUAAGCUUGAGGGGCUGUAUAUUGCGAAAAACAAUCUAGUCGGAGGUUUGCCUUCUACUCUUGGGAAUCUAUCUUCUCUUACAAUUAUUUUUGCAACUGACAAUAAGAUUGGCGGUAAUGUGCCAGAUACUCUAGGUGGGUGGAAAAAAUUGAAAGCUCUUCAAUUAGGGUUGAACAAUUUGGUUGGUACCAUUCCUUUCUCAAUCUAUAAUCUCUCUUCUAUCGAAAUCUUUGAAGUUGCAGAAAACCAAAUUGAAGGCAGCCUUCCCUCAGACCUAGGAAUCACUCUUCCUAAUCUCCAAGUCCUAACUCUUGGUAGUAACUUGUUUACUGGUUCCAUUCCUAUCACAAUAUCCAAUGCCACCAAACUAGUUUACCUGUUCUUGGGGCAAAACAGAUUUAUAGGAAAAGUCCCUUCUUUGGAAAAUCUGCCUGAUCUUACGAGAAUAGUGCUUGAAAUUAAUCUUCUAGGAACAGGGGAAGUAGAUGACUUGAGCUUUCUUGACACUUUGACUAAUAACACUAGAUUGUCCGACGUGGGUCUAGCUGUCAACAACUUUGGAGGUGUGUUGCCUGAAUCAAUCAGCAAUUUCUCCGCUAAAUUUGAGUUUUUGAGCUUCGAUAUGAAUAAAAUAGUUGGGAGCAUCCCAUCUGGCAUAGGGAACCUUAUCAAUUUGCAGGUUCUUGGAAUGUCCAUCAACCAUUUAAGUGGUAACAUUCCUUCUGAUAUCGGGAAGCUUCAAAGGCUGCAGAUUUUAACACUCAAUGGAAAUAAAUUCCAUGGGGAGAUCCCGACAACUUUUUCAAAUUUAACUUUGUUACUUGAUCUCAACGUAUCUGGAAAUGAUCUUCGUGGGAACAUCCCUUCACAUAUGGGUAAAUGCCAUUUUUUGGAGUCGCUUUGUCUUGAUCAUAACUAUCUUAGUGGUACAAUACCCAAAGAAGUUGGCAAUCUCUCAUCGUUGUUGGAUCUAAACCUUGCGUAUAAUAAAUUGAGUGGUUCCCUUCCGUUGGAAAUUGGACUUCUCCAAAAUCUAGAAACACUAGAUGUUUCUCAAAAUAAGUUGGAUGGUAAUAUUCCAAGUUCUCUUGGUAGUUGUGUAAAGUUUACGUCACUAAACAUGAAGGGGAACAAAUUACGGGGCACCCUUCCUUCAACUUUAGCUACUUUGAGAGGUAUGGAGGAGUUAGAUCUUUCUCACAACAACCUCUCAGGAAAAAUUCCAGACUACUUGGAUGAAUUUGUCUUUCUAAAGAAACUAAACCUAUCAUUCAAUGAUUUUGAGGGUCAUGUACCAGAAAGAGGUGUAUUUAAGAAUGCAUCAGCCUUUUCUGUCGAAGAAAACAAGAAACUCUGUGGGGGAAUACCUGAAUUGCAGUUGCAACCGUGCAACUCCAAAGGGUCAAGAAAUAAAGGAUUUACUCUUACCAUGAAAUUAAGUACUUUUAUACCCUUGGGGCUUCUAGGGCUACUUCUGUUCUUGUGUUUCCUAUAUCUGUGUUGGUUUAGAAAGACAAAAAAAGUACCGUCUAUCAAAAUCUUAGGAAACUCGUUUCUCCAAUUGUCCUACCAAAGUCUGCUUAAAGCUACCGAUGGCUUUUCUCCAGCAAAUUUGAUUGGUGUUGGUAGUUUUGGUUCAGUGUAUAAAGGAAUUCUUGAUGAGGACCGGAAAGUUGUUGCAGUUAAAGUACUAAACCUUCAAUUUCGCGGUGCUUCCAAGAGUUUCCUUGCUGAGUGUAAGGCCUUAAAAAGCAUCAGACAUCGAAAUCUUCUAAAGGUACUCACAGCAUGUUCAAGUGUCGAUUAUCAAGGAAACGAUUUCAAAGCUCUUGUGUAUGAGUUCAUGGUUAAUGGGAGCCUAGAGGAGUGGUUGCAUCCAAAUGAGAAUGAAGAAGAUGCCCACAUGGAAUCAAGGCAUUUAAACAUUCGACAAAGGUUAAAUAUUGCCAUUGAUGUCGCAUGUGCAGUUGAUUAUCUUCACCAUCAUUCCUCCAACCCAAUACUUCACUGUGACUUGAAGCCAAGCAAUAUUCUUCUAGAUAAUGAAAUGAUGGGACACGUCGGUGAUUUUGGUUUAGCGAGAUUCCUUCGAGAAGCUACCAAUAGCUCUUCCAUAAAUCAAUCAUGUUCAACUGGCAUAAGGGGGUCUGUUGGUUACGUGGCUCCAGAGUAUGGAUUGGCCAAUGAGGUGUCAACAUUUGGUGAUGUCUAUAGUUAUGGAAUCCUGUUAUUGGAGAUGUUUACCGGGAAGAGACCAACUGAUGGCAUGUUUAGCGAUAGUCUCACUCUCCACAACUUUGUUAAGAUGUCUCUCCCUGAAAAAAUAGCAAAAAUUGUUGAUGCAACAUUGUUGCAGCAGAGAGAAACGGGGCAGGCCAGUUCAAGUAUCGACAGCAAUCAGAGUCAAAGCUCUCAUACCAGUUACAAAAUUCAGGACUGCGUGAUUUCACUACUUAAAGUUGGAAUUGCUUGUUCAGAAGAACAACCGACACAUCGACCGAACAUCAAUGACGUUGUUCCUCAGUUACAUGCAAUCCGAAACACUCUACUUGACAUUGGAGUUCAUUGAGGCAAAAAGAGCAAGUAUUGUUGGUCAUCACAAGUUGGAGCUUAGCCUUGGCAACCGUGUGGAUGUUGAAGCGUUCUCUUAGUUAUUUUUGAAGUGCCUAUUUAGUUUCUAGUCAAUGUCUUUUAAUUUCUGGUCUAAGAAUCUGUGUUUUGAUUAUCUAGUAAGUUGUGUUUUUGCUUUAAUAGUGGUCUAGGUAUUUGAAAGGUCUGUCUAGGAAAUCGACUAAUCUUCAUUGAGUCAUGAAGAGUCAUCUUUUGUAAUGCCUAUUUAUAUGUGUUCUAAUGAAUGAAAAAGUAGAGUUUGGAGUUUGAGUUUA